CAAAGUGUCGUAUGCAUGAAUUCAGCCAAUGUCCGCCUUCUUCCACUGGGCGUCGCUGUAGAUUUCUUUGCACUUUCUUGUUUAGACUCCAAACCUCGCACAAAACCGCGAGGUUUCCAAAUCACGUUCCUCUUUCAACUAGCCUCCAAGAUGCCUACCAAGAAGACCAAGACCAGGAAGCUCCGAGGGCACGUCAGCCACGGACAUGGUCGUGUUGGCAAGCACAGAAAGCAUCCUGGAGGUCGUGGUAAUGCUGGUGGUAUGCAUCACCACAGAAUCAACUUCGACAAAUACCAUCCGGGCUACUUUGGUAAGGUGGGUAUGAGACACUACCACCUGAAGAGGAACACAGCCCACUGCCCCACCAUCAACCUGGACAAGCUGUGGACGCUGGUGAGUGAGCAGACCAGGCUCAACUACAGCAAGAAGCCAGACGGACCUGCCCCCAUCAUCGAUGCUGUGCGCGCUGGCUACUACAAAGUCCUGGGCAAAGGCAAGCUGCCCAAACAGCCCGUGAUCGUCAAGGCCAAGUUCUUCAGCCGACUGGCCGAAGAGAAGAUCAAGGCAGUGGGAGGAGCUUGUGUGCUGACGGCAUAAUGGCAUGAUGUUUUUGUUUUUUGCAAAAAUAAAGUGUAUAAAUGGGA